AUGUCACAACAUCAAGAUACAUCUGCUUCUAAAAAUACUAAGUCUACUCCAAAAUUUAGUGUUCCUCCCAUGGGCGUCCCUGAUGAUGAGAUUCUGGAUGUUGCUCCUCUCUCUCUUAUUCCCGCCGCGGACAUUGAUUUGAACCAACCCAUCUCCAUUGAUGCCUCCGCUUCUGCAUGUUCCAAUCAAGGUAAUCCCUCUAGUAUUCUGUCUAGUUCAACUCCUGUCACUAAGUAUAAGGAAGGAACACACUAUACUGAUCGUGUUAUAAGAGACAUAAUUACUAGAAUUCUUAAUGAAGGCCACUUUGUGAAGGGGGUUUCUACUCCCCUUUCUCAAAUGUAUCCCUCUCAUGAGGUUGAACAACCUAGUGGUAAGGGUGAUGAUUCCUCCCGUUCUGAAAAGGCCUUGGUUGCUGAAGGGUUGCGCUUUCUAGGGAAAACCGCGUCUAACAAAGGGAAAUAUGUGGCCUCUAACACGGAUAAUGCUUCCCACUCUAAGAAGCAUGAUGAUGCAAAUGUUGUGAUUGAUCUAGAGGACGGUAGCUCUGAUGAUCAAGAGGAAAUCUUGAUUCAUCACAUAAAUCUAAGUGUGGCUAAACGCAUGAAAACUCGCAAAGGAAAAUUUGUGGUUGAACUUAUGUCAGCUAGAGAAGCUAAGAAGACUAAUGUCAUUGGUCCCUCCAAACCAUGGAGCAAGGUUGAAAUAAAGAAGAGGAAGGUCAGAGAUGAUUCUGAGCAUGAAGAGCAUGUUGAGGAAGAUGUCCCUGACAUCUCGCCUACGAAGAAAACUACUGUUAGGAAGUCUCCUGUUAAAGUACUUGAUGUUCAUUUGGAUAACAUAUCCUUCCAUCUUGAGGAUGGAGCUGCUAAGUGGAAAUUUGUGAUUUAG